AUGAAAGUUGAAGAACAAAAAUACAACUGCAUGCCCAUAAGCGUGGAUGCGAUCAAGAAUUUUGAAGUGGAAGUUGGCAUGAACAUGAUAGAAGUAGAUGGAUGUGCGAUGGCCCCACGACAACUCAAACUCGGUUCUUUAGAUGGUGCAAUAAGGGUUGCUCAAGCAGUUUUUGGUUGCUUCUCCUUCUAUUACGGUAGCAUAUGCGAAGGGGAGGAGAACAUUUGGCCCGAUGGACCAAGGCAAGCGGAAACAUCAGCUCCGGUGAGGGUUUUCGCCGUGGUGCUCGAUAGAAGAAGAGCAAGGUGCGAGGGGACGAAGAAACAUGCAGUAACAACGAUCUAUCAAUAUAAAUCGAUGGGUCACGACAAUGGCAGUUCAUCGGGAAAUCACGAGAACAAAACAAAAUUUGUUCUUGACUGUAACUUGAUAGGAAGGAAGAAGAAGGGUAAAAACGGGUUUGAUUGA